AUGGAGGAAGUUCCCAUUAACAAUUUCAACCAGAAGGUUACUCCAGCAUCUACUCCUACUGCCGCUGCUAGUUCAAGCACCAUGCUAUUUACCUCAUUUUCAAAUUCUUCUACCUGCACUGCUGCUACUGGGCCCUUGUUUGGUGCCCCAGUAACUUCAGCUGGAAUGUUUGGUGGUACAUCUUUGAGAUUUGGAUUAAAUUUCUCUGGAGCAUAUGGAGCAGCUGCUGUUGCAUCUACUACAGCAUCAACCACAACUACCGCCACUGUUACCACCACCACCACUACUACCACCACUAGUAGCUUUACCUUGAAUCUAAAACCACUGACAUCAAUUGGGAUUAAUAACACUGCUCCAGUCAGCAUUACAUCUAUACCUUUUACUCCGACUGUUAAUGCAAUCAUAACUCCUGUGAUGACAUAUGGUCAGCUGGAUGGUCUGGUAAACAAAUGGAGCCUUGAGUUAGAGGAUCAAGAGAAACACUUUAUUCAUCAGGCCACCCUGGUCAGUGCUUGGGACUAUACAUUGAUGAAGAAUGGUGAGAAAAUAACUGCUUUACAUGGAGAAGUAGAAAAAGUGAAACUGGAUCAGAAAAGGCUGGAACAAGAAUUGGAUUUUAUCCUGUCACAGCAAAAGGAACUGGAAGAUCUCUUGAUCCCUUUGGAGGAGUCUCUAAAGGACCAUAGUGGGUCUGUUUAUCUACAGUAUAUAGAUGAGCAUGAGAAGACUUACAAGUUAGCAGAAAAUGUAGAUGCUCAGCUGAAACAAAUGACCCAAGAUCUCAAGGACAUCAUUGAAUACCUGAAUAUAUUUGAAAGUCCUGCUGACUAUACUGACCUGCUCCAGCAGAUCUGCAGAAUUCUAAAUGUUCAUUUGGACUGUCUACAGUGGAUUAAUCAUAUUUCAGACAUGCUGCAGAGGAAGGUAGAAGAGGUAACACUAAUUCCAGAGGAUCGUCAUUGCAAGGAGGAAGAAUGCAACGUCAAGAUGGCUUUUGAUUAA